CAUUGAUGAAUCGCGCAAGGGUUUUUAGAUAUCUAAGAGAGAGAAGCGAUUAGAUUUUCGAUAUAUACGAAUCUAGAGAGAGAGAAGCAUUCAAGAAUGUCAGGAGUUGGUCCGAUCGCACAAGACUGGGAGCCGGUGGUGAUCCGCAAAAAGGCUCCGACCGCGGCCGCACGGAAGGAUGAGAAAGCCGUCAACGCCGCUCGCCGCGCCGGCGCUGACAUCGAAACUAUCAAGAAAUCAAACGCGGGCUCAAACAAAGCUGCCUCGAGCAGCACUACUUUGAACACUAGGAAGCUCGACGAAGAGACAGAGAAUCUUUCUCAUGAUAAGGUGCCAACUGAACUGAAGAAAGCCAUCAUGCAAGCUAGGAUGGAUAAGAAACUCACUCAGUCUCAACUUGCUCAACUGAUUAAUGAGAAACCACAAGUGAUACAGGAGUAUGAAUCUGGAAAAGCCAUUCCAAAUCAACAGAUAAUCUCAAAAUUGGAGAGGGCUCUCGGUGCAAAGCUGCGAGGAAAGAAGUAAAAGAAGCUGCAUGGAAGUUAACUUUGGGCUCUUUCAGCCUCUCUUUUUAGUCUUAGUACUUGGUGUUAGUAAAUGUAACCUUUUUCUUUUAAAACCGAUUGCCAUGGCUCAUCUGUAAGAAACUCUGGCUGAUGAAUGGUAAAACCUUUAUUCUGUUUUCUAAGAAUGGUAAAACUUGACUUAAA